AUGUCGGGACCGAAUGUGGUGGACAAAGCGAAGAUGGUGUUCCACUACGUGGCCAAGAUUGCCAACCGGCCGACCACUGGCGCCGAAGCGCACGACUCGAACCGCGAGAUGAAGGCGAGUGUGUGUUUCCGACACUCGAAGCACUCAAUCAAGUGCGACGCCAACGCCCCCUGUCUGGAGUGCGACUCCGGGCUGAAGCUGUAUUCGUACGAACAGUGCCGCCGCCACUUGGAUGUGGUGCGCAGUGAGAAGCGCUUCGAGAGCAUCGAAGUGGACCGAAGCGAGAACAUGAUCGAGAAGCUGUCCGACAUCGACGGUGAGCGCGCGGCGUCACUGCCAACCACUACAAUCUCUUGUGUUGCAGACAACGGCCGCAAAGUGACGCAACUGUUGGACGCGAUUGUGGCCAAAGAGGCGGAAAUACUGCGCGCUCUGAGCGACAGAGCGGUGGUGGAGGAAGCGGUCAACUGCUCGCUGAAGGAGAUCUCGCGCAACGGCCUCAAGAGCCAGAAGCGCGUCGACGAGUUGUGCGAACGGCUCAACGCGUGUCAACUCGUGUUGGAGGGCAUGGCGGCCAAUGGGGCGCAGACGGCGACCAAUCACAGCGCUCAAUCCGAACGAUUGGCGGAAAUGAACACGACUUUGGACGCAAUCAGAGGUCACGUGAGCGACGAGAUGACGUCAUCGCGCGACUGGCGCUCGCAGUGCUUGACGGCGAUUGGAGGAACGCGCGAACGAAUGGACGCUCUGAUUGGAGAGACGCGAGAGACGCGCGAAUGCGUCGCGCGAAUCGAGGCGGCGCUCGAGAAGCACGUGGAGGCGCUGCGGGCGGAGUCGCGCGCGGAGCUCGAGAGGGGGCGCUCGCAACUGGAGGACUGCGUCGGCGCCGUCAAGACGCAAGUGUUGACCGCUCUGUCGGGCAUUCGCGAAGAGAUGCAGAGUUUGGGCAACUCUUCGCACGUUUUGGCCACCGACCUGAAGGACUCGUUGCCCGAGAAGCUGAUGGACGUGUUCGGCGGCAUUCUCAUGCUGUCCUCCGACUCUUCGCGCCGAUUGGACGACACGUCCGAACACGUGAUCAACAGUUUGUAAAUUGUGUAAAGUUUGAAAUAAAGUUCUAAUUAUGAAAUAAACUCUAA